CAAAAAAACUCCGGCCCACUUGGAGUUGGAGCCCGUGGCAAAUCCAUCCAUCCAUCGCCUCUGCCUCGCCUCCACCACCGAGAUGCCGGGGCUCACCGCGCCGGCGAGCUACUCCGACGAGCCGCCUCGCCACCCCGCCCUCAAGAUCAACUCCAAGGAACCAUUUAAUGCUGAGCCUCAUCGAUCAGCAUUAGUUUCAUCUUAUAUUACCCCGGUGGAUUUCUUCUACAAGAGAAACCAUGGACCGAUACCAAUUGUGGAUGACCUCUCAAGAUACAGUGUUUCCAUUACUGGUAUUGUCAACAAGAAUGUGCAGCUGUCCAUGGCUGACAUUAGGAGUCUCCCAAAGUAUGAUGUAACUGCAACGUUACAGUGUGCAGGCAACAGGAGGACUGCAAUGAGUAAGGUACGGAAAGUGAGAGGCGUUGGGUGGGACAUAUCUGCUCUUGGAAAUGCAACAUGGGGAGGAGCAAAGCUAUCUGAUGUCCUUGAACUAGUUGGAAUACCUAAACUCAGCUCAGUCACAUCUUUAGGAGGCAAGCAUGUUGAGUUUGUCAGUGUUGACAGGUGCAAAGAAGAAAAAGGUGGUCCCUAUAAGGCAUCAAUUCCACUAAAGCAGGCAACAGAUCCUGAAGCUGAUGUGUUACUUGCAUACGAAAUGAACGGAGAGACCCUAAACCGUGAUCAUGGAUACCCACUUCGUGUUGUUGUACCUGGAGUAAUUGGCGCACGCUCUGUAAAAUGGCUUGACAGUAUCAACAUAAUUGAAGAAGAAUGCCAGGGUUUUUUUGUGCAAAAAGAUUACAAGAUGUUUCCACCCUCCGUAGACUGGGACAAUAUUAAUUGGUCAACUAGGAGGCCACAAAUGGAUUUCCCUGUGCAGUCUGCUAUUUGUACCCUGGAGGAUGUGGAUGUUAUCAAGGAAGGGAAGGCUAGGAUUGCUGGAUAUGCAGUCUCAGGUGGUGGCCGUGGCAUUGAGAGAGUUGAUAUAUCUGUCGAUGGGGGGAAAACAUGGGUCGAGGCUCAUAGAUAUCAGAAAAGCAACGUGCCAUACAUAUCUGAUGGACCUCGGAGUGAUAAGUGGGCAUGGGUUCUAUUCGAGGCUACAUUAGACGUUCCAGCAAACGCUGAGAUAGUAGCUAAGGCGGUGGACUCAGCAGCAAAUGUUCAACCUGAAAAGGUGGAAGACGUAUGGAACCUGAGAGGAAUCCUCAACACAUCUUGGCAUCGGAUCAAAAUACAGAAUUCUUCGUGCGUGGGAAGAUCCAAAAUGUGAAAUAAGUAAACUGCUUGGAAUCAGAAGUCAAGAGUUUAUAGUGCCCGGAAUAAUAAGUUAUUGCAGCAUUCGAUGAUUCUCGCAGACUGUGCUCCUGUACUAUAGUACUAUGUUGGAAUCGUGUUGCUGGCCUGGGCUUAUAUGAGACGAAACACAAUUUUUGGGAGUGAUGUUAAGAAGAUGAUUAAUACGUACUCCAGUAUUUAUGUUGUCUUCUAAUGGAAAAUUUGCAGUUCUUGUGCUCCAUAUGAUAAAAGAAAAAACUCAGUAAAUUCAGUUGCAAAGAUGUGACAAGACAUUAACAUUCCCCGCAUAUGUGGAAAUGUAAGGAUUUCAGCAUGCGUUGACACU